AUGUUCUCUCGUUCCUAUCAACCUGUUUCUUCAGACGACGCAGAUACCAGCAUCAAGCCCGCCUCUCGUUUCUCUCUUCGUAAAAUAUUACUCUUGAUUAUAGCCUUCUGUCUCUUUGCAUUUGGACUCUACAAGACUAGCCAGUGGGCUCGAACUUAUUACAGCACACCACAGAGCGCUCCUAUUCCAGAAUCUGAACAAGACUCCACAGACUCCAAGGAAAAUAACAAUCAAGAACUACCACAAGUCUCAACGGACGACACAGAAAUGUCAGGUCAAGGAAAAUACAGUGUCGGAUACUUUGUUAAUUGGGGAAUAUAUGCGCGCAAAUUCCCUCCUUCGUCCAUUCCUGUUCAAGACCUUACACAUAUCCUAUAUGCAUUUGCAAACAUAAGACCUGAAACUGGAGAAGUUUUCUUAUCAGACGUAUGGGCUGAUAAAGACAUACACUACCCUGGGGAUUCCUGGAAUGACGUCGGCAACAACCUCUAUGGCAAUUUCAAAGCCAUUUACAACCUCAAGAAACAGAACCGUCACCUUAAAGUGCUACUUUCUAUAGGGGGGUGGACUUAUUCACCUUCUUUCCAUCCUGUUGUUGUACAUCCCGCGCUGCGUGCAAACUUUGUCCAGUCUGCGAUCAAAUUGUUGGAAGACUAUGGAUUAGAUGGUCUGGACAUCGAUUAUGAAUAUCCUUCCAAUGAUAGCCAGGCAAGAGGUUACGUUGAUCUCCUGAGGGAGCUCAGGAUAGGCCUCGAUCGGCAUGCUUACAACAAGAGCGCCGACUAUAAGUUCCUCUUAACAAUUGCUGCGCCUUGCGGGCCUGACAACUACCAGAAGCUUCAUGUCCGCGAAAUGGAUCAAUAUCUCGACUUUUGGAACAUGAUGUCAUAUGAUUUCUCUGGAUCAUGGGAUCAAGUAGCCAACCACCAAGCAAACGUAUACGGUGGAUCCAUCAAUGCCUCUCAAGCUAUAUUUUGGUAUAUCAACAACGGUGUUGCCCGCCAUAAAGUCAUCAUGGGCAUCCCUCUUUAUGGGCGAAGCUUUGCAAACACAGAAGGGCCAGGCACUCGGUUCUCAGGAAUGGGACCUGGAAGUUGGGAGCAAGGCGUGUAUGACUAUCGCGUACUGCCGCUUCCCAACUCGUACUUGUUCCGGGAUGAACAGAUGUUUGCAAGUUGGUCAUAUGAUUACCAGAAGAAGGAGAUGGUGAGCUUUGACAGCGAUGAAGUUGCAGCAUGGAAGGGAGAGUUUAUCCGCCGCGAGGGCCUCGGAGGAAGCAUGUUCUGGGAACUGAGCGGCGACAAAGGGCCCCCUAGGGAAGGUAUGGAAGGAGGGCCUGGCAAGGAUCCCGUUCCAGGAAGAAGCCUGGUAAGGGUCGUCAAAGAUGCGAUGGGUGGUUUAGACUGGGCCCCCAAUUGGUUGAGGUACGAAUGGAGCGCGUUCGAUAACAUGAGGAAUGGGAUGUCGUAA